GUGGAUGACCUGGCGAUCUUUGCGAGCUUGAGACGACACCUUGAGAAAAUCAAGGAGGGACUGAAGCAGAUCUUCGAGAUGACAGAUCUCGGUCCGAUCCACUGGUUACUUGGCAUUGAGAUCAAGCGGGACAGGCAGGCCCGCACUCUUUCACUCUCGCAGGCCGCGUACAUCGAUGUGAUCAUCGCACGGUUCAAUCUUGACGAAGCCAACCCUCUAACGACACCCCUUGACCCCUCCUUCAUUUUGAACAGCACCCAGUCACCUUCGACACCUCGCCAGUAUGAGGAGAUG